AUGCACGCGACUUUUGCGCAAGUUCAAACUGGAUAUAUCAAUAAAACUGGAACCGCUGAAAAAAUUCUGAAAACACAAUAUGUUGAUGGGAUGAAUGUGUUGGGUAUCAUCAUGUUUUGUAUUGUGAUGGGUUUAGUUGUGUCGAGAGUUGGAAAAGAGGCUGAACCUUUGGCCAAAUUUUUCCAUGCUUUAGAUGUUGUUAUAACUCGAAUGGUUAUGAUUAUUAUGUGGUUAGGACCAAUUGGUAUUCCAUCGUUGAUUGCUCAAAAAAUGUUGGAAGUUAGUGAUCUUGUAUCAACAGCUAGAAUGCUUGGAUUAUUCAUGUUCACAGUUAUUUUGGGCCUAGCAAUUCAAUGUUUCAUAACUCUUCCACUAAUAUUCUUCAUCGGAACUCGUAAAAACCCCUACACAUUUUUACGAGGACUUGGUCAAGCAAUAUUAACAGCAUUAGGAACAUCAUCAUCAGCUGCAUCUUUACCAGUAACAUUUAGAUGUUUAAAUAAUCUUGGAAUUGAUCCAAGAGUAACUAAAUUUGUAUUACCAGUUGGUGCAAUGGUUAAUAUGGAUGGAACUGCAUUAUAUGAAGCUACUGCAUCUAUUUUUAUUGCACAAAUGAAUGGAAUGAAUUUAUCGAUUGGACAAAUUAUAACAGUUAGUAUAACUGCUACAUUAGCAUCUAUUGGUGCAGCUUCAAUUCCCUCAGCUGGUUUGGUCACGAUGUUGAUUGUUUUGACUGCGUUAGGACUUCCAGCUUCAGAUAUUUCUUUGAUUAUUGCAGUCGAUUGGUUCUUGUAAGUCACCUCAACACCCGUUUGUUGAAAAAAUUAAUUUUUAAAAAAUAGCAUGUAGUGAGCAAAUACGCUCUAGCAAACUUGUUUUAGUCAAAAUCCGAGGAAAAAUAGAUUUUAAGCGCAAAUGCUUCAGAUUCUCCACGUAUUUAGUGAUGAAAAGUCGUUUCAGUCAGUUUUUCAUAUUUCAAAAUUAAGAUGAGCAAUAUUUUGCAUACAAUAUAUCAAUCUGUUUCUUUUUCUUCAAUUAGCACUAAUAUUCAUAUUUCACCUCUCAAUAAUUCGAAAAUUUGAAGGGUUUUCGUUAAAAACGUGAAACAACACUUUUCACAAACACACAACUUGACGCGCAAUUGCGGACGCUUAUUAUUUUCAAAAAAAAAACAUUUUCAGAGAUCGCUUGCGAACAUCAGUAAACGUGAUCGGUGAUGCUUUGGGUUGCGGGUUCGUCCAUUAUAUUUGCGCUGAUCAUUUGAAUGCUGAUGUUGAGGAGGCUGAGAAAAACAACAAUGCUCUUCAAGCUCACGGCGUUGAUUUUGCCGAAUUGGAACGUGAAGGUGGUGUUGUUGUUAUUGAGCGAGUAUGA